UUAUAAACAGUUCGAAUACUGUGGCGGAUUUAGCUUUCUAGAUUCAAGAGCUGUUUAUCUGUUCACGGCUGGUGCUAGUUUUGUUAAGGAUUUCGUGCCUGUGGGUUGUUUUUUCCCCAAGUGUUAUUCUGAAAGGAAGAAUGCUGUAUCUACAUUUUUUUAUCAUCGCGGUUACGGCUAGAAAUAUUAUAGAUGAUGAGCCCUGCGAUGUGGAUUAUUUCACGUGCAUCAACGAUGAGUGCAUCCACCAGUCUUGGGUCUGCGAUGGAGAACCUGACUGUCAUUCAGGGGAGGAUGAACUAGGGUGCAGUGCGAAGUGUGAAGCUGGUUUCCAUACAUGCGCAAACAAGCACUGCGUCAACUCGAAGUUCAAGUGCGAUGGCUUGGACGAUUGUGGGGAUUUUUCGGAUGAAGUUUCGUGUGUUGCAGGAAACCAAACUGAUAUCCCCUUAUGUAAACCUGGAGAGUUUAAAUGUCUAGAACAGCCAUCUUGUGUUGGCUUAGAUGCAGUUUGUGAUGAGGAUGAAGACUGUAUGGAUGGCAGUGAUGAAAAACAUUGUAAAGUGUCUUGUAAAAGCAAUGAAUUUCUCUGUGAUGAGGGGACUUACUGUAUAAACAAUGUCCAUCUGUGUGAUGGUGUAAGGGACUGUGUUGAUGGGACGGAUGAAAAGGAUUGCAGAAACAAAACAAACUGUCAUCAAAAGAAUGCAUUUACAUGUGACGACCAGUCCGAGUGUGUGCCUGUCAAUAAAGUAUGUGACGGUGAAGUGGAUUGUGUGGACGGCUCUGAUGAAAAACACAAUUGUUCUCUGCUAUGUGACAGACUUAACUGUGAGCAAGGUUGCACUGUUGAACAUGAAGAAGUUGGCUGUGUUUGCAGGAAGGGAUUUACCCUUAAUCCUGGAGAUAACAAAACUUGUUUAGACAUUGAUGAGUGUGUCGCACCCACUAGACCCUGUAGUCAGACUUGUCACAACAAUAUUGGCUCCUACCACUGCAGCUGUAUCAGUGGGUAUGAACUUACAAGAACAGGGAAAUGUAAAUCUUUAGGAAAAGAGCCCAUGUUGAUUUACAUGUCACAUGAUAUGAUCAGGUCAUUCACCCUCAAAUCACAUUAUCACGAUGUGGUUGUUGAUCAUGUGAAUACAGUCCAUGCAUUAGCAAUGGAUGUAAGGAACCAAAGACUCUUCUGGUCAGAGACUGGGAAAGAACAUCCUGGUAUUUACUCAACUGACCCAUACAGGCCAAGGGAUUCUCGGACAGUGGUUAUGUCACACGGGCCAAUGCAUCCUGGUGGUUUAGCCUUUGACCACAUAGAGAAAAAUCUCUACAUCUCUGACACAUUGCGACCUGCUAUAUUUGCCUGCAAACAUGAGAUUUCUGCUUGUGUUACAGUGUUCAACAGAUCUGUUGUGACAAGUCCUACAGCUAUCACAUUGUAUUCGGAGGAACGGUUAAUGUAUUGGGUUGAAUCUGGCCAUGUACCUGUGGUAAUGAGAGGUAGUAUGGACGGCAAAUCUAGCACUACUUUCAUGACAUCCGGGCUAGUCUCCCCUUCCUCUCUGUUUUUUGACCUCACAUCCAAGAGGCUCUUUUGGACUGAUGACAUUUUAAAUGACAUACAGUCCAUUCGAUUUGAUGGAACAGAUAGACAGACUGUUGUACGCAGAAAGAUCUCCACCCCUUCCUCUUUAUUAAUAUUUGAGGACAGAGUGUUCUGGGCAAAUGUUGGGACACAUACAAUCAUGGCUGCCAACAAGUUCACAGGUCAAGAGGUCAAGGUCCUGAUCAAAGCUUCACACCCUGGGGCUAUGAUCCUUUACCAUUCCAGUUUACAACCAGACUAUGGUGGCACAGCCUGUUGGCAUAAACACUGCAGUCACCUGUGUUUGAGUGGAGUAAAUGGAUCUGUCUCUUGUGCUUGUCCUGAUGGGCACAGACUAGAAAACUCAACCUGCCACAAGAUGAAGACCACACCCUUUCUUCUUGCUGCACAAAAAACUGAGAUUAUCUCCCUGCCACUGGUUGAGGCUGGAGAAGUGGAAGUGACCUCCCUUCACACAUACUCCAUGACCAAUAUCUACCUAACAGCUUACCUGUCUCAAUCCCACCAAAUUAUCUACUCAGACAUCACUGAAGGCCACACAAGCAUCAAACUGUUGACCAGUUUGGACACGUAUCCAGAGUCAGAAGAAAUUCUCAUGAACUUAGCAAGUGUGGAGAGUCUAGCUGUGGAUGAGUCAGCUUCAGUUAUUUACUGGUUAGAUGAAGACAAGGACAUUGUUCAACUCACAUCCUAUGAUGGAACUAAAAGAGCUACAAUAAAUAUUGUAGGCAUUCAACAGCUUUUAGCUAUAGCUUUAGCCCCACAACAUGGGCUUCUGUUUGUAUCAGCCCAGUCUGAACCCCCCAAGCUAAUCAGGUGUCACCAAGACGGCCAGCACUGCUCUAGACUGGUCUCCACUGACCUGAGCUACCCCAGUUACCUGGUGGCUUACAGAGACAGGCUCUACUGGUCAGACUUCUUCUUGGGUGCCAUUUCAUCGGUUGACUUUCAUGGGCGGGAUAGGAAAACACAUGCCAUUACUAGAGGUAAACCACUGUCUAUCGCGGUCCAUGAAGACCUACUGUAUUGGACAGAGCUGCAGGCUAGCUGUGUCUUCUAUGUCAAACUGGGCGGGUCCUCCAGAGCCAGCAGAUUAGAAACCUACAGAUAUCAGCUGACUGGCUUGGUUGUUGCUAUACCCAACUCAGACUUGAAGACCUCAUGUUCUACAACAAAUGGUGGCUGUGAACACAUCUGUAUCCCUACCCCAUACAACGUAACUUGUGUAUGUUCUCAGGGAUUUGUUCUACAACACAACGGCAAGUCUUGCAAGAAAGUUGAAGCUGCCCCGUGUACACAGCACCUGUGUGGAGAUCACAGAACCUGCAUAUCUCAGAAGUCUUUGUGUGAUAGGCUCAUUGAUUGCCCUGAUGCAUCUGAUGAAGCUAACUGCUCAGAUCACUUGAGCUGCACAAGCUAUCAAUUCAGCUGUAAAAAUGGGCGCUGUAUCAACAGACAUUUCAUGUGUGACAGAGACGAUGACUGUGGGGACAGCAGUGACGAGCAUGCCAGUAUUUGUCCUGAUUUGCACUGCUCCAGUGAUGAGUUCACCUGUACAGACAAACACUGUAUAGCUAAAGAACUUGUGUGCAACAAACAGCCAGACUGCCCAGAUGGGAGUGAUGAGCAUCAGUGUGAUGUACACUGCCAGGAUGACGAGUAUGAGUGUCAGUCUCAGUGUGUGGAUGUUCACUGGCUGUGUGAUGGGGACUGGGACUGUGCUGAGGGGGAAGAUGAAAUCAAUUGCACAUCACUAGGGUGUGAUGUGGAAGAGUUCCAAUGCUGGAAUGGUUCUUGUAUAGAGCACAGGUUGAUCUGUGAUGGAACACAACACUGCCAAUCUGGAGAGGACGAAUCUUAUUGUAAUAAUAAAGUUUCAGAGCAUGCGGAGUACUGUGAGGAUGGCUUUGUGUGUUCCACUGGAGAGUGUAUAGAGCUGGGAUGGGUUUGUGAUGGUGCCAGUGACUGCAGGGAUGGAUCAGAUGAAAGCUUUUGUAAAGUGACAUGCAGGACCUUUAACCCCUGUAGCCAGCUAUGUGUCAACACAAAGAAAGGUCCAACCUGCAAAUGUAGGGAAGGUUUUUAUCUGACCAAGGAUGUUUUAUGUGAAGAUAUUGAUGAGUGCAGCGAGAGAAAUGGGGGCUGCAGUCAACACUGUGAGAACACCAAAGGAAGUUUUCAUUGUCUGUGUGAGGACCACUACCAGCUGGGGAUCAAUCUGAAGAGCUGCAAGGCUUCUGGUUCUCGUCCUUCUUUAUUUAUUGGAUCUUCAAAUGGAUUACACAAUGUAACUUUAGACGGUAAAGGGGAUGUUUUCUUAGAAACAAAAUAUCCCAUCCGUCAAUUUGAUAUUAACAUACAAUCUGGACAUGUCUUCUGGGCAACACAAAAGGACAGGAGAUCUAACAUGACUUUUUAUUCCUCCCUGGGGUUUGAGAUGACUCUAGGGGAGAUCACUGGCAUCUCUGUUGAUUGGCUGAUAGGAAAUGUUUACAUUGCUCAGGUCUAUGGUGGCGUGGGAUCAAUUCUUGUUUGCAAUGGGAAAAAUUCUUGUGCUACUCUGAUCACCCGGCCUAACUUUAAACCUGCCUCACUAGUUCUACACCCCCAUAGAGGUAAAAUGUUUUGGCUUUCGAUGUCUGACGUCCCGAAAGUUGAGCAGAGCUGGAUGGAUGGAAGCUACCCACAAGCACUGCUGGUGAUGUCACCCAUGUCGAAACCAGUUUCUCUGACCAUUGACCAUGUCACUGAGCAGCUUUAUUGGAUGGACGGUGAACUUGGUGUUCUGGAGACAUGUAGAGUGGAUGGUACUAAAAGGUUUUCAGUAUCAAGCCAUUUACCUACACUAGUUUACAGACUGGAUGUGUUUGAGAGCACUGUGUACCUUGCCAGCCAGGGAGAGAGUGUUGUGCACAGGAUACCUGUAUAUCAGCAAGAUGCUGCCCAUAGCUCUAUAAAACUCUCACAUGUUGGACCAUUAAAAGUUGUCCACAAAUUAAAACAACCAGCUGGUACCAAUGUAUGCGCCAACAAAACCUGCAUGUUUUUGUGUGUAAGAAGCCCUACUGGAGGAAGGUGCAUUUGCAAAGAUGGCUUUGGGAGUAAAACAAAUACUCAAUGCAUAGGUUCUCUGAUGGAGACCAGUGUCCAUGCUACUACCACCACCGGCACUGAGUGCUCACUUCUCUGUGAGAAUGGAGGAGUUUGUCUGAUUGAUGAGGAUGACAUUGAAUCUUGCAGGUGUCCACAAGGGUACGGUGGAGUAUUUUGUCAAAAGCUUCUGACCAAAGCUAGUACCACAAUUGACACUGAAUGCUCACUUCUCUGUGAGAAUGGAGGACUUUGUCUGAUUGAUGAGGAUGACAUUGAAUCUUGCAGGUGUCCAGAAGGAUAUGGAGGAAUAUUUUGUCAAAAGCUGCUGACCACAGGUUCAGACAAGAAACGUUCCCUAGCCUGGACAGCUGGCAUUAUUGUGCCACUCACUCUCCUGGUUGUAGCAGCUAUUGCCAUAUUUUGUCUAAGACAAAGAAGAAGUAAUCAAAAUGUUAUAAGAACUAUUUGGUUUGGAGAUCCCAAAUUUACACUAACCAAGAAAGAUGACGAGGAAGAAAUUGUCCCAGAAUUGUCUUUCUCCAACCCAGAAUUUCCAGAUGAAGCCUUUGAGAACAGCCCAAAUGGCGACCCUGACUGGUGGAAAAAGCUCCUGGCCACUUCUUCAGUAAACAACAUUCAUGCCAGCAACAUGAGAGUUGGUUCAAAGAUGACAGACAAGGAUGCCAGUUGAUGUGAAAUACAAUAGUUAAAUAAAAAUGGAACUUUUGUUUUAUGUCGUAUGUGAAUUACACAUAGCAAUGGGAUGUCGCUAGAUCUAUAUAAUCUACUGUGUAUUAUUAAAUUAUUAACUAAACCUUCUGGUUUUUUUGUUUGUUAAAAUCAUGUAGUUGCUUAUAAUUCAAAAAC